AUGAAUUAGUCCUAGAAUUAAAACAACUUGUAAAAUUAUCCAGGAUUGGAUGUGUCAGAUAGGGAAAAAGUUGAAAUUUUUAUUUCCUGUAGAUCUCUCACUGACAAAGAUGUGCUUUCAAAGAGUGAUCCAUUUGUCAUAAUGUAAAUCUAAAACCCAUAGACAAAGUAAUGGGGAGAGCUUUUUCGCACAGAAGUGAUCAUGGAUAACUUAAAUCCAAAUUUCUCAAAGUCUUGCAUAGUUGACUAUAUAUUUGAAAUACAACAAAACGUUAGAUUUUAAGUUUUUGAUUACGAUGGCCCUAAUUCCAGUGACUUUAUUGGAGAAGUGAAUUCAACUAUUGCUUAGAUAGUGGGUUCAAAGAAUUAAACUCUCAUUCUUGAUCUUAAAGACCAUCACGGUAAAUAUGGUGGAAAAAUAAUUCUAAGAGCUGAAAAGGUUAAUUUAGUUAAUGAUGAAAUCGUAUUAAGAAUUAAGGGUAAAAGUAUUAAAGAUUUGCGUUUCUGGGGAAAGUCUUGUCCUUUCCUUAUAUUUUACCGCUCUAGUGAAAACAAACAACCUAUAAAAGUUUUCUAAACAGAGGUUGUAGAAAGAAAUUUGGAUCCCCAAUUUGCAAUCAUUAAUAUUAAAGCAUAAAAGUUGUGCAAUGGAGACUAUAAUAUGCCAAUAAUUGUAGAGUGCUGGGAUCAUCAUUCAAAUGGUCAGCAUGAAUACAUUGGGUAGACAUAAUUUUCAGUUGCCGAACUUACUUCCCAACAAAAUAAGGAGUUUAAAUUAAUAAACAAAAAGAAGAACUCAAAUGCAGGCUUUUUAGUAGUUUAGGAAGUUAGAUUAAUUGAAAAACCUUAAUUUUUAGAUUAUAUUAGAGGAGGUACUCAUCUCAAUUUAGUUUGUGCAAUAGAUUUCACUGGCUCUAAUGGAGUACCCACUCGUCCUGAGAGUCUUCAUGCUAUUAACUAAUAUGGAUAAUUAAACCAAUAUUAACAAGCUAUACAAUAUGUAGGCGAAAUUCUUUUGAAUUACGAUGAAGAUAAGAUGGUCCCUCUAUAUGGUUUUGGAGCUAAGCCUAAACUUCCUCACUUUAAUUACACAUAAACUCUUCACUGCUUCCCUAUUAAUGGAAAUCCUAUGAGUCCUUAAGUUUAUGGCCUAAAAGGAAUGAUGGAUACCUAUGCAAAUUUCUUAAAUUUCGUAGAGUUAUCAGGACCCACCUUAUUUAAUCCUCUUAUAUAAGAAACAAUGAAAUUAGCUUAACUAAGCAAAUAACAAAAUGACAACAAUUAUUACAUUUUAUUAAUAUUGACUGAUGGUGAAAUCCAUGAUAUGGAUUAAACUACCACUUCAAUAGUUUAAUCAGCACUUUUACCUCUAAGUAUCAUCAUAGUUGGUAUAGGCAAUGCUGAUUUCAAUAAUAUGGAUAUACUUGAUGGUGAUAACGGGCUAAUUGACUCAAAUGGUCGUAAGGCCCAAAGAGAUCUUGUUUAGUUUGUACCAUUCAACAGAUACAAAAAUAACCCAUAAGCCCUAGCUCAAAACGUCCUUGAAGAACUACCAGAUUAAGUAGUCGAAUAUUACAGACUUGUAGGAUAAAAGCCCGUUCAACCUGUGUAUCAAAGAAUGCAAUCUAUUCAAGUUUAAAACGUUCCAUAAGCUAAUUAACAAUUUGGAUAAAACCUAAUAAAAGCUGGAUUUAUGGAUAACAUAAUUAACAAUGCUAUGAUGGAUUCAUAAAGAUAAAACCCAUAAAAUUAUCCUCCCCCUCCUGGAAAUUAAAAUCUCUAAAACUAUCCUCCACCUCCUUCUUAACAAUAUUAUUAAAACUAUCCUGGCUAAAAUAUGAAUUUUUCAUAUAAUUAAGGUCAAGUUGCUCCAAACUAGCCAUACAUUCCAAUGAACAACUCUGUAAAUUAAAACCAACCAUAAAAUAAUUAUAUGAAUUAUCCUCAAAACCCAUAGAAUUUACCAAAUUAUAGCCAAAUCGUUGCCCCUCCUCCACCUCCACCAAUGUGA